GCAAAUGGCAGCCACGAUGGCUCUUCAAAACGGCGAGGAGACUGCUACACGAGAACUGAACCUUGUUAUUUGAGAUUCAGAGUCCACUUCGGGGGGCACCACUGAUCAGGAAGCUAUGCUGAAGGAACGGGAAAGUUCGGAGGGCUCGCCGGCCGCCCCGGACGAGUGUGCGGGGUGCGGGGGACGAAUUCAGGACAGAUAUUACCUUCUUGCUGUGGACCGCCAGUGGCACGGGGCUUGUCUCCGCUGCUGCGAAUGCCGACUGCCCCUCGAUACGGAAUUGACAUGCUUCUCACGAGACGGAAAUAUCUACUGCAAGGAAGACUACUAUAGACUGUUCUGCGUAAAGCGCUGCGCUCGCUGCGGCAACGGAAUCACGGCCAACGAGCUUGUGAUGAGGGCUCGCGAGAUGGUCUACCACCUGACCUGCUUCACCUGCGUGGCCUGUGGGACCCUGCUGUCUAAGGGCGACGUCUUUGGAAUGAGGGACGGCCUCGUGUACUGCAGACCACAUUACGAUAACGCGUGCUUUGAUGACUACUGCGAAGACGAUAUGAGUGUUUAUAGGUGCCAAGAGUUACACAGUGAAGGAGACUCCCCAUCUCAAUUCUACUCAGGAGGCCCGAGCCCCAAAGGUCGUCCUAGGAAGAGAAAAUUGGCUCAAGGGUCCAUAGAAGACAUGCAGGUCCAGACUAUGAGGAUGGCUAGCACCGCUCUUGAGAUUCUCCACCGCGGUGAUCUGUCGUCCUCGAUGGAGUCUCUUGCCUACGAGUCUUCCGUUGCGUCUCCUGGCAGCGUGUCCAGCCACUCCCAGCGCACCAAGCGGAUGAGGACCAGCUUCAAGCACCAUCAGCUGAGGACCAUGAAGUCAUACUUUGCUAUCAACCAAAACCCCGACGCUAAGGACUUGAAGCAGUUGGCGCAGAAAACUGGGCUGUCGAAAAGAGUGCUACAGGUUGGUUUUAUCAUAAAACCAAUGAUCAUGUAA